UUGCAACAUGGCGUUGUCGAGUUAAAUGUUCAGGAUGUGAAUAAUGCCAGUGAGGUUAAUAACAAUGAGUAUGCCUCCAAGAGGCUAAUGAGAAAUUCCUCAAUACUUCUCCCAGGAGAGAUAGACGAGAUCGCGAGGGAGUUUUAUGCCAAGCUUGCUGAGAAACUGGAGAAAAAAGAAAAGGUCAUCUCAGUUUUACCCACGAUGUCGAAGGCGCAACGAAUCAACAUCUACGAAGAAGCCUACAAGAAGUACAACAUCUCGUCCAAAAAGGGCACGGUCGUUGCCAAGAACAAGCGAGGACAAACCAAGGUCUUGGUUACAAAGCCACAAGUCUUACCGACCGAUGAAACAUAUCUGGGGCCUAUGCUUGAUUUUGCUAAGGAAUUCAAAGAAACAGACGAAUCCAGAGAACUAGGGCGUGGAUACGAACAGAUGGUACGACCAGAGAGACCGAAUCGAGAAAAAUUGAAGAGGGCUAAGAUGAUAAAAACACCUGGAAUGUUAAAUUCAACAGUUUGGAAGUCGUAUAUAGAUUUACACGAGUACAGGUACAUCUUAAAUCCAAAGGAAAAAUGCAUGACAGAUGAAGGGACCUAUAAGCGUAUAUCUCUACUGAUGAUUGUUGCCUCGGCGCCGAAGAAUUUUGAUCGGCGCGACGCGAUAAGACGGACGUGGGGUAUGGCAGCACGGAGCACCGCCAUGCAUCUCGAAACAGUCUUCCUGAUUGGUGCUGUGUCCAACAGGCAAGUCACCGAUGACCUCAGGCGUGAGCUCGUCAACUACGGCGACAUCGUGCAAGAGGAUUUCAUCGAUUCCUACCUCAACCUCACGAUCAAGACCGUGAUGGGAAUAAAGUGGGCCAGUAGGUACUGCCAGAACGCCAAGUUCGUUAUGAAGACAGACGACGACAUGGCUGUGAAUACCAUGAAGAUGUUGGUGUACCUCCGAACAGCGCCCUCAAGGAAUUUCGUCGCCGGCAAAGCCGCCUUCAACUUCGACAUCAUUCGGAACGUGUACGACAAAUUCUACGUGCCGUACUCGGUGACGAAAGAUGAUAAGUACCCUCCGUAUUGUAUCGGGAUUGGGUACGUUAUAUCGAUGGAUGUGGUGCACAAGACGUACAUCGCUGCCCUGCAGACGCCUCUAUUCCCAUGGGAGGACGUCUAUGUUGGUUUUUGUCUUCGUCGAAUAGGGGUGAUCCCGACGAUGAUCAAGGGCUUCAUGGGCGGAGGGUUCUUUGAUGACGCCAAAGGGGGCGCACUGAGGACGGACCACACCUCAUUGAAUCAUUUGAGAUCGUCUUACGUCAUACAUGACGUCACUGUAACUCAGUUGGGAAUGGUUUGGGGCCAAUGGGCUGGGUUGCCCCAACCAUAAGAAGGAAGGCUGUGGAGACCAUACCAAUUUGAUCAUGUUGAUCAUGGCCCUAUAGCAUAAACUUACAAAAAAUUAACCUUACGUAAUUUCAAUAUCCUUGUCCAUCACAUUUUGAAACAUGCACACUUUACAGUGAUUAUAUGACAUUAUGAAAACGCAGUUGCUAUUUAAAAAUAUGAUACAUUGAGCUGAUUUCUUGAAAGUUUUUACGAUCGUGUGACAUGAAGAUGUAAAUGUUAAAUGCAACCACGAUGGUGUAGACUGUAGAGACGGCUACAUGGAUGUUCAAUCAUUCGUGAAGAAGAACUGGUUAAAACGUUGUAUCCGAAUAGAAAUCUAGUUCAUUCAGUUGUUCACAUUAUAUAGACCUAUCUAUUUUGACAUUAUGUCCUGUUGACCUCAUUAUUGUGUAUUGUAAACUCUUACAAUACUUAACAUUAUUGUACAUUUUUUGUAUUUCAAAGAUUUAUAAUUCUGAACUUACAAAUAAUAAUUAUGUGCCGAUCCGCAAUAAAACAAAUGUCGUUCAUCAAAGUA